UGUGAGUUGACUGAGAGACCAACAGCUACAACAUGUCUGGACGUGGAAAGGGAGCCGGUAAGACCAGAGCGAAGGCCAAGACCAGGUCCUCCAGGGCCGGGCUCCAGUUCCCCGUGGGCCGUGUCCACAGGCACUUGAGGAAGGGUAACUACGCCCGGCGUGUCGGCGCCGGAGCUCCGGUGUACCUGGCGGCGGUGUUAGAGUAUCUGACCGCUGAGAUCCUGGAGCUGGCCGGGAACGCGGCCCGCGACAACAAGAAGACCCGCAUCAUCCCCCGUCACCUGCAGCUGGCCGUCCGCAACGACGAGGAGCUCAACAAGCUGCUGGGCGGAGUGACCAUCGCUCAGGGCGGCGUGCUGCCCAACAUCCAGGCGGUGCUGCUGCCCAAGAAGACCGAGAAGGCCGCCAAGAAGUAGACACAACAACACCACAACAACAACGGCUCUUUUAAGAGCCACCACUCUGCUAGAGAGAGAUCCUUAAUUAUUUAAAUCUUAUUGUUAAAUAUUUGCAUCACUUAUUGAUAAAUGACUGGCAGGUUUGCGUUUAUUAGAUUGCAGUGAGACAAAAUUGCGAUGUGGUGCUCUGCAAUAAACAUCUUGGGACGUGUCGUGUCUUAAGAUGUCCACAGCGUUU